GUUCAAGUUAGUAAACACCUUUUAACUCGAUGAGUUCUACACGUAUAUAUCAAGACUAUUUUUAAUACCCUUGUUUGUAAGAAUUGGACCCGGCCUUCUUUAAUUAUACAUAUAGUUACUAGGACUCUGGUUAAGUAUUAACUUGUUAAUCUUAUGCCUAGGUAGUCUCAUCCUAUCUCAGUAACUUUUUAACUGCUUCUUCAACUUGACGAAGUACAGUUCAUCCAACCACAGCCACCAAUGCCAAAUUCAUAUUAACCCCCGUUAGCACCAAUAUUCUAGGCAUAAGCCCUAUGAGCCAGCAUUAUUAAUACGUACAGAGAUUAGCGGCCUAACUUGAAUCCCGAAUUCCGAAUCCCGUUAGGGGUGUGCCAUAUAUAUGCUGUGUUCUGACUCUGAGUAAUUCACGUCUAUGACUUAAAACUAUAUAUUCCAUAUUUACCUAUACCUAGUUACGAGAGCUUGCUCGUAUGGCAGGAGUGCUAGUCUAACAGCAAGUAAGAGAUCGCUCCCUUAGCGAAACAAAAGACUUCUUCUAGGCAAUUCCCUUGUAUAAUGUCUCCUAUCAAGAAGGUCGCUAUAUUUGGUGCAGCGGGAAACUUCGGCACUCCCAUCACAGCCGCGCUUGUGAAAGUUGGCUUCGAUGUAACCAUCAUCACUCGUAUCGAAUCUACGUCGGUUUUCCCGCAGGGAAUUCCCGUCGUCAGGACGGAAUACACAGUUGACAAGUUAAAGACGGCACUUUCAGGCCGGGAUGCGGCAAUCUCUGUCAUCGGCCCCGCUGGUAUCUCAUUCCAGACCACGUUGGUCGACGCUGCUGAAGCUGCGGGCGUCCAACGCUUCGUACUGGACGACUUUGGCUGGGGCCCUGGCUUCAAUAGCUUACCUGAAUUUAAACCGAUUGGCGCUCAGAGGAAGGUCGCUUGGGAGCGUGUAAAGGAGCUAUCUCAAGCCAACCCUGAAUUUACCUUUAGUGGAAUAGCCAUUGGCAAUCCAAUCGACUGGGCUCUCAAACGCUUUCCCUUAAUGGGAUUCGACGUCCAAAAGCGUACUGCGGUCAUCUACGAUGAUGGCACCGAAGAAUUCACCGGGACAACGCUGGAAGGGAUCGGGCAGGCUGUCGUUGGCGUCUUGAAGCAUCCAGAGGAGACCGCGAACCGGUUCCUCAAGGCGCGCUCGAUCCAAGUCAACCAAAACCAACUACUGGACGCCUUCCAAAAGGUCACGGGCCAAGAAUGGGAAGUCCAGCGUGGCAGCGCGAAAGAUCUCCUCGAGAGCGGAAGGAAAAGGCAUCAAGUAGGAGAUAAGGGCUGGGUGCUAGAACUUCUCGUGUACCAGCUUUAUGCGCCUGGAGAUGCGCGCUGCAUCCUGGCGUCGAGGGAAGAUUCGGAUGCGGAUCUUCUUGAGAUUAGGGAGGAGACCCCUGAGGAUAUUGCUCGGAAAGUGAUGAGCUUGGUUGGAAGUUAAACAGAAGGGGAUAAAAGAGGUCUUAUUUAUCAUCUUUAGUCGGUCCACGCCUAUUAUCAAAAGGAGGGCUAGAAAGGCGUGCUUAUGUGAAGGCAAAAAUAUUCGGGUUUCAUGAUGUCUUCUCCAACUACUGCUGCUUCUUUUUAAACAAUUUCACCUCGGU